CGCAUCCAUCCCCUCUCGUCCGCUCCUCUUCUCGAUUCCUCCGCCUCCCUCCGCCUCGCCCGCCCCCCCUUUCCCCUCCGCUGCCGCCGGAUGCGCUCUCUGAGCAUCGGAUCCACUCGCCUUUCUCGAUCCGAUAAGACUCCUCCCCGUCGGAUCUUCGCAAGUUCUACUCCCGUAAUGGACCCGGCUUCGAAGGGGUUAGGUUCCGAUUCUAGGGUUUCGACGGUCGUCGAUGUCGACCUUGGGAACCGGAGCUAUCCUAUCUAUAUUGGAUCUGGUUUGCUGAACGAACCUGAUCUUUUGCAGAGGCAUGUGGUUGGGAAGAGAGUUUUGGUGGUGACGAACACUACUGUUGCUCCCUUGUACCUUGAGAAGGUGACUGAAGCUUUGACUUUUGGGAAUCCGAAUGUUUCGGUUGAAAGUGUGAUACUGCCUGAUGGCGAGAGGUACAAAAACAUGGAAACACUAAUGAAGGUAUUCGAUAAGGCUAUAGAGACUAGGUUAGACCGCCGCUGUACCUUUGUGGCACUAGGUGGUGGAGUGAUCGGUGAUAUGUGUGGAUUCGCUGCAGCUUCAUUUCUUAGAGGUGUUAGUUUCAUUCAAAUUCCAACAACGUUAAUGGCCCAGGUGGAUUCAUCAGUUGGCGGGAAAACAGGAAUAAAUCAUCCACUUGGAAAGAACUUAAUUGGGGCUUUCUACCAGCCACAAUGUGUACUUAUAGAUACCGACACUCUAAAUACAUUGCCUGACAGGGAGUUAGCAUCAGGCAUUGCAGAAGUCGUGAAGUACGGGUUGAUUAGGGACGCGGAGUUCUUUGAGUGGCAAGAGAAGAAUAUUCAGGCACUACUGACAAGGGAUCCAAGUGCCUUGGCAUAUGCGAUCAAGCGAUCAUGUGAAAACAAAGCUGAGGUAGUCUCCUUAGACGAGAAGGAAAGCGGCUUGAGGGCAACCUUGAACUUGGGUCACACAUAUUUUAUGGUUACUCCUCUGUUAUCAGAACCUGAACAACCCGUUUGUUUAAUUGUUCCUUUAAUCUUAAGCAUUCAUCGGAAUACUUUUUAUUACAACUUCAUGCUUAUAACGAUAGCUGAUCUUUUUCAGGCUAUAGAAAAUGGUUUUGGCUAUGGGCAGUGGCUCCAUGGAGAAGCUGUUGCUGCUGGCACCGUGAUGGCUGUAGACAUGUCAUAUAGACUUGGUUGGAUAGACCAUUCUAUUGCUGAUCGUGUCCUUCGAAUCCUGCAGCAGGCCAAUCUUCCAACUGCUCCUCCGGAAAUAAUGACAGUGGAUAAAUUUAAAUCUAUUAUGGCGGUGGAUAAAAAGGUGGCCGAUGGAUUACUGCGACUUAUCCUUCUUAAAGGACCUUUGGGCAGUUGUGUUUUUACGGGAGACUAUGACAAAAAGGCCCUUGAUGAAACUCUCCGUGCAUUCUGCAAAAGUUGAUCAUUCUUUCAUGUUCGGAAAUGUGUUGUGCUAUAGAACUUUGUUGCUUUGUACUAAGUAUGUUCUCUUUAGUGUUUUCAAAGGCCUGCCUCAUUGCGCUUCAUGCGCCUUGAGAUGCCGGGCGGUGGCGAAGCGUGCUGCAUUUGAUGCAGCAGCGCCUUUUGCGCAUCGUACACAUCUUGACUUUGCACAUGGUGCUUGUAGUACAUACCCUCGUAUAGUUUUGUUUAUUAACAUUUCAAUCGAGUUUUUUACUCAAUAAUCUAAAUCCUAAAAAGAAAAAUAAAUUCAUCAUGUCUUUUUAGUGGCUUU